CUCCACCCACGCAGCAGCAGCAGACACCUUCACACACAGAUUCACUCCCCGCAGCUCAUGCACCCCCCUCAGUGAGUCUGUAAAUGAUACUUUCAGGUUUCCUCUGCCAUCUUUAACUCGUGCUGAGGUCCUCGUGUCCAUCUUUAGUGUAACCCUCCACCUGUGUGUGUGUGUUGGAGAAUGACUUGGCUCUGUGGACCUGUGGUGCUGCUGGUGGUGACUCUGUGCGUGUCGUCUGCCCAGGACAAAGAUCCCCUAAAUGUCCGUUACAAGUCUGAAACCAUCACGUCUCCCAGAGGCUCGUCGGUCAAACUGACCUGCAAUGUCUUUUAUGACUUUGAGCUCUGCAGUCUGCCGCACGUCGUGUGGUGUCACCUCAGCAAGCAGAGCGUCGAGCUGACUGACCCCCGCAGGUACCUCACCACGGUCAACGAGACCGUCUCUGAGGACAACAUGAGACACAGACAGGUCGUCACAGAGAUCCUCAGCCUGACGCCUGAGGACAGCGGACAGUUUCAGUGCAAGGCCGAGUGUGAGGGCAUAGAGACGGUGUUGGGACAUUACAUCUGGAUCACCGUCAGAGGUUAAUCUUCUGACUGAGUGUACUCCCAUCUCAAAGGAUUCAAAUCUUCCAACAAGUUGAGCUCACCAAGCUGAAUUUUCCAAAAACAUCUCUGGACAAACCCCAUCUGUCUUCUAUUUUAGGCAAAUGGAAGUGAAACAUAUACUUUUUAGGCUUUUUAUGUGACUUUAUAAUCAACUGUAAUUACUGAAGAGGCCUUUUCUCAGCAGAUUAAAGAUAAACAGCCUGACUCUGUCAACACGAUUUGUUAUAUUAUCUAUAAAGGUCAAAAUAUUUCAAGAUUUACUGUUUUUAUUCGGGAUUGCCGUGACAAGAUUGCCAGAAUGAUUUGGUUCUAUGCCCAAAGUCAAAAUAGUAUCGUGCAACUUAAUACAGUUUUCGCAGAACUGACUGUCUGUUUGGAGAACAAAUGCUCACACACGUCUGAAUUGAAGGCUGAAAAAAAAAAACAGGAGACUCUCAGCGUGGAGAGAACUUCUGCAAAGACGGCUCAACUGAACAAACAAAACCUUCAACCACCUGCUGACUCAAGGUGUGAAAAGCUGCACCCACCAGCAGAAAGAAACCACCAAGGCUGCAUUCAGUGUCCUUCUCCCUACUGACGGCCGAAAAAACCCAACAGCACACAAAGCCACGACUGUCUGGUAAACAGCAACAAAAAUAACCCAAACUAUGAUUCAUUUCAGCCACCAAACAUCACAUUUAGAGAUGUUAAAGAUCGGUUGUGUUAUUUUUUAUCAUUAAUAAAGAUGUGAUCUUUGUUCCAUUUUAA